AUGUCUCGAGCGGGCUGCGCUCAGCAGGCGCUACGGGCGGGCGAGGAGCCGCGCUGCGUGACCUGGCCGACGAAGGGUACCAAAGACCACCAGAUGCUCUUGGGCUGCACCCGCGUCGGGGGUGACGCCUUCUACUCCAUCUGCACCUGCACCCACUUCUCCGCCUUUGCCAUCCUCACGGCCACCUACCCCAUCAAGGAGAACUUCGCGCUGACGGUGGUGACCUAUGUGGGGAUGUCGGUGUCGCUGGUCUGCCUCUUCCUCGCCAUCGUCACCUUCCUCCUGUGCCGCUCGCUCUGGACUGUCAGCGUCGCUCUCCACCUGCAGCUCAGCAUCUGCCUCUUCGCUGCCAACCUCCUCUUCCUUGUGGCCGUGACCCGCACUGCCAACAAGCUGCUGUGCGCCAUCAUGGCGGGCUUCCUCCACUACCUCUUCCUCGCCUGCUUCACCUGGAUGUUCCUGGAGGGUUUGCAUCUCUUCCUCACCGUCAGGAACCUGCGCGUCCUCAACUACACGAGCUCCAGUCGCUUCAGGAAAAGAUACAUCUACCCCGUGGGCUACGGCACGCCGGCCAUCGUGGUGGCCAUCUCCGCCGCCAUCCACCCUGGCGGCUACGGCACUGAGCGCUACUGCUGGCUGAGCUUGGAGAAAGGCUUCAUCUGGAGUUUCCUUGGUCCCAUCUGUGCCAUCAUCCUGGUUAAUUUGCUGUUUUUUCUUACCACCCUCUGGACGCUGCGGGAGAGACUCUCCUCCCUCAACGCUGAUGUCACGGCCCUAAAAGACACCCGGCUGAUGACGUUCAAGGCGCUGGCGCACAUCUGUAUCCUGGGUUGCACGUGGGGUCUGGGCUUGCUGCAGGCGCAGGGGGACAAUCCAGUGGUGGCCUUCAUCUUCACCAUCGUCAACAGCAUGCAGGGAGCCUUCAUCUUCCUUGUGCAUUGCGUCCUCAACCGGCAGGUGAUGGAGCAGUACCGGCGUUGGUUUAGGGCACUGAGGCGACAAGCGCACCCCCAAGAGACGCCCACCACCGAGAUACAUGUCACCUAUGUCACGGAAGGGGAGAGGACGCAGAACCACAGCACCGAGGGCUGCUUGUGGGAGAAGUGA